AUGAGUGAUGACAUUGAAGAAAGAUUAGAAAUUAGUGAUGAGGAUGAUGAGUCAAGUUAUACAACAGAUGACAUAGAUCCAAUUCAAGAUAUUAGAGAAGAAGACACACUAACAAGCGAAUCUGAAUGGUCUUCUACUCAAGUUGAUUUUAAUCUUCACCAUUGGAAUAAUCUCUCUCUUCCUAUAAAGCGUAUAAUGAACGAGAUUUUGAAAUUUACAACCUCAGCUCAAUUAUCAGAAAGUAAUCUUGAAAGUAUGCUCCAGUUAAUUGGAAAAUGUGCUAAUUUGGUUAAAGAGGCACCCCAAGAAGAUUUCUCGCAGAUGCUAACAUUGAAUGGAUUUUAUGGACAUUAUAACUUGAAUUGCAAGACCAAAAAGAUACACUAUUGCAGAGAAUGUAAAGAUUUUCAACAUGAUAAUCAACACACUCAUUGUUCUUGUGAAAAGAUUUGGCAAAAAGAUGAUUAUUUAUUUUGGCGCCCUUUAGAAUAUGCUUUCCAAGAAAGAAUAGCUUUUGAACCAAACUUUAUUAAUGAAACACUCAAUUACCAAGGUCAUAAUGAUAGCUCAACAAUUUCUGAUCGUCAAGGAGGUGAAAUAUUUAGAAAAAUUCACCAACCUUGGAUUGAUGAAACCAUUUCAACAAAAAGACUCACUGGUACUCUCAAUGGUGAUGGAGUUUCACCAUUUAAAAAGAGCUUGAAUAAUUUCUAUAAUUUCAUUGUACAGUUUAAUGAAAUGAGUCCUUCUGAUCGAAAGAAAUCUACCAAUAAUUUUCUAUGGGCCAUUUUACCAAGGAAACCUGAUAAGAUAGAUAUUGAAAUUGGACUCAAAGUAAUAAUGAAUGAUCUGAAUUGUCUAAAUUCAAAUCAAAAAAACCUUAAUUUGGAAAUGAUAAUUGAACGAGUAAUUGCUGACCUUCCUGCAAGAUCAGAGAUUUUAUUCUUUAAACGCCAAGGAUUUUAUUUUUGUCACUUGUGUAACACUAAGGGUGAAGAUACAUCUGGUUCUCACAAAGUUUAUCCAUUGGAGUUUCGAACAAGAUUAGUAGUAUUGAAUGGAAAAUCAGAACUCAUUGAGGUUUUUGAAAAAUUCAAAUACAGAGAAUAUCACAAUGAGAUUUCUCUCAUUAACAAUUUUCCAAACUCAAAUCUACCACCCGGAAUGGAUAGUGUUUCUCCAAUCCUAUUACAACCAUUCAAUCCUAAUCCAACAUGUCUCUGUUCAUAUGAUAACAUGCAUUACAAUUAUGAAGGUAUUUUGGUGAAAUUUCUCAAUUUAAUUGAUGAACGAUAUUGGAAAGAAUUUGAUGUCAUUUAUUUAAAACAGAAGUUUCCCUCCUUUUUUCACAAGCACCCAAGAUCCAUUGCAAAAAAUAUCAAUCACCUGAAAUCCAUUGAAGUUUACAUUUUGUGUCAUUAUUAUCUCGAAUUAUUUGAGGAAAUUCCGAGCUAUAGUGAAAUUCAAGAAAUAGUUCAACACAUUAUUCAAUAUGUGAGAAUUAUUGAUAAGCUAAUGGACUCAUUUCAAUUAGAAGAUCUUCCAUUAUUGCAGAAACAGCUAAACUCAGUUCUGUACUUUUUUCAAAAGAAGGAUGCUAAUUUUUGCUCUCCAAAUUUUCACAUAGCAGCUGAAAUGGUAAUGAACUGCCGUCUAUAUGGUCCAUUGUGGUGCAAUAACGCAUUUAUUUUUGAGGCAAUGAAUAACAUUCUCUCAAAACCCUUCAAAUGUGCCAAUUCUUUAAGAUAUUCAAUUCUAUUCUUUGAUAUGGUAAAUUUGGUACAAUUAUUGAACUUGAAACCUCCCAAUCGUAAACUAGAAUGUGUCUGUGGUAAUUAUAUAAUCAAUAGCAAAAGAGAUUACUUGUUACACACUCCCUCUAAAGAAAUUUAUCAAGUCAAUUCAUUUUCUCCAAAUUAUUCACAAAUUGAGAUUCGACAUGCUGUUAAUGGCACAACAAUCACCGUCUCACAAGACACUAUCAAACAAGAUUUCAUACCAGCAAUAUGCCAGCAAAUUAAUGGCUCUUUUCACUUCAAACCAAUUCACAAAAUGGCCUUUACAUUAUAUUAA